CAAAGUACCAGUACCAGCAGGUCCUCUCCCAAGCCCUGACAAAAAACAGCUCUUCGUGAGCCUGUUUAUAGACAGAAUUGGAAACAAUUCCUUGUAUUAAAAGUGUGUGGUUACCAUGGAAACUGAGGGUAAGGUUAUAAAGUGCAAGGCUGCAGUGGCCUGGGAACCAGGAAAACCAUUAUCCAUUGAGGAAGUGGAGGUUGCCCCUCCCAAAGCACAUGAAGUACGAAUUAAGAUAGUAGCAUCUGGAGUAUGCCACACAGACUGGACUUUCUUGCAUGAGGUUGGUAAAACUAUGAAUCCCCAGCCCUUUCCUGUGAUCUUGGGACAUGAGGGGGCAGGAGUGGUGGAGAGUGUUGGUCCAGGUGUCACAAAGAUGUCUAAAGGAGAUAAAGUUAUUCCUCUAGUUGUGCCACAGUGUGGACGAUGUGAACGCUGCCUGAAUCCAAAGACAAACCUCUGCACCAAAAACUGGAAGAAAACUCAGCAAUGUCUUCUUGCAGAUGGCACUAGUAGGAUCACCUGCAAGAAUCAGCAGAUUUACCAGUUUAUUGGUAUCAGCACCUUCUCUGAAUACACUGUUGUGCCAGAGGACAAUGUCACUAAGAUUCACCCAGACGCUCCACUGUACAGAGUCUGUCUGCUGGGCUGUGGAGUGUCUACAGGAUAUGGGGCAGCAGUGAACACAGGCAAAGUAGAAUCUGGCUCUACAUGUGCGGUGUUUGGUUUGGGAGCUGUUGGACUGGCAGCUGUCAUGGGAUGCAAGGCUGCCGGUGCUUCCAGGAUCAUUGCCGUUGACAUCAACCCAGACAAGUCUGAGAUUGCCAAGACUUUUGGAGCAACUGAGUUUGUGAACCCUAAAGACCACAGUAAACCCAUUCAGGAGGUGCUGAGGGAGCUGACUAAUGGUGGCGUUGACUUCUCUCUUGAGUGUGUGGGGAAUGUGGGAGUAAUGAGGGCCGCUGUGGAAGCAUGUAGUCCUGCAGGGGGAGUCUGUGUGAUGGUGGGCUGGACACAGAUGGGAGAACUUACUCUGGUCGCUGAGGAUAUUCUGCUAGGAAAAUCUCUGAAAGGCUCCUAUUUUGGCGGUUGGAAGAGUGUUGAGGCAGUGCCCAAGUUGGUUCAGGAUUAUAUGAGCGGGAAGCUUCUGCUGGAUGAAUUUGUGACACACAGACUGACUCUAGAUCAGGUUAACCAGGCCUUCGAUCUUAUGAUCACUGGAAAAAGUAUUCGUACAGUGAUCAAGAUGUGAAAUGAAGGUAGCGUUCUGUCUUUCUCAAACAGAAGUGUUUAUAUUCUGUUCUGACAUUAGUUGCAUAUACAUCAUAUACUGUAUAUAUACAGUACAUCAUAUACUGUAAACAUUAAAAAUCUUGUUACGUCACAGCAGUUUCGUAUUCAGUAUGGUUUCAUAUGUACUG